AUGCUUCAGCUGGCUGCCGCCGCCCCCAACAGCCCCCAGCUGUCUUCGAUAGUUGGGCCCGCCGCCACCGUCGCGAAGGGUGAUGGCAGCGGCGAUGAGAGAGUGGCCGGUGAGAUAGUCAUUAACGUCGAUGCGUCGUUCAGAGAAGGAGAUUAUGCAGGAUCUUGUGGAGUGGUCAUCCGGGACUAUCGUGGAAAUUUCAUGUCUGCAGCAAUAGCAACACUAGAUCAUGUACCCGAUGUAGAGACAGCUGAAGCUGCGGCUAUAUUGGAAGAAAUGAAGCUAGCAAAGGAAACAGGGUGCCAUAAUGUGAUAGUAAGAUCAGAUAAUUUUACGGUGGUGGAGGCACUCAAACUGAAUGGAGGCUUUUCUAUGGUGGCAGCGCCGGUGUUGGAUGAAUGUCGCAGUUAUCUCGAAGAAUUCGGAAAGUUUACUAUUGAGCAUUAUAUUAGGAAGUCGAAUAAUCCAGGGAACAUGGAAGUUUGCACCGGCAAGCUUCAAGAUCUUGACAUAACCUCAGACAUGAACGGAAAGACGGACGAUGGCGCCGAGGUGGGAACGGAGCCCGACCACGCCGUAUUUGAAAGGGACUACCUAGGCGAUGACGACGAGGAAUUGGAGCCCGAAGUAAUGUUAGGUGUCUUGCGGAAACCAAAGGAACCACAACACUUCCAUUCUCUUCUUCCCCAACACUUACCCAGUAAAGCUGGCGGUGCCCCGGCCUGGCUUGAUCCUGUCAAUUUGCCAUCUGGAAAAUCCAGGUUUGCUUCAUUCCUAAAACUUAACUCUACCCGAUCGUUUAUGUCUAGGAUUGCCAGUAAAAUUUGGUCACACGUGUUGCAGGUAUAUGUGCCAGAUGGGUGGAAGGAGACGACCUACCACCGCGCAUUCUUUGUGUUUAUGUGUCCGUCCAUGUCAUGCUUACAACUGGACCAGCGCGAGCAGGGGAAGGACAGGGCAGCAAAUGCUAGAACGAGUGUGAAGGUCUUCAGGUGCCAGCUGCCCAGAAUUAAUGCAUUUUAUACUCCUGAAGAGCCUAAGGGCCACUGUAGCAAAGCAAGCUACUGUUCUAGAAAGCAUCAGGAAUUGCAUUGGCACGCUAGUCAUGAGAAUGAUUGCUCUCAAAUACCAGGUUCACCAGAUGCUUCUAUUCUGCCAGUCGCAGCAAAAGUAUUUCCUGGCCACGCAUGGCCUGAAUAUGCGGCGGAUCAUGUACCUGAGCCGUCAUGUUCGACUAGUUCUAUCAAGGAUACUUCAGAACUGAUGAUGGUAGAAGGAGAAGUCGAAUCAGAUGCCAUGAUGCAGUUAUUCAUGGACCAGUUUGAGGAUGAUGAGGACAAUACAUGCUGGGCAUCUUUCAGAGACCGUGUUUCAAGACAGACUCAAGUCUUGAGGUACUGUGCGAACAAAGAUGCAGAACCUCUUUGGGCAGUAUCAACUGGGUCUCUGACAGGUGACGAUAUCCCUUUGUGCAUCUAUUGUAAUGGGCAACUUCGCUAUGAAUUUCAGCUAAUUUCUCAACUGCUCCAUUACUUCCAUGUUGAAAAUGAACGAGACCCCGUCGACUGGGCAACAAUAGUUGUGUACACAUGUCGAGAGUCAUGUGAUGAAAGUGUUAGUUACAAGGAAGAAUUUGUAUGUGUUCAGUUUUCUCCGCCUACAAGAAGAACAUAUCGCAGUACUCCUUAG